CUUCUUUACAAAUCUAACCGCGUCUCUCUCUCUCUCCUCCGCGUCUGCAGCUGGAUGAUUACUGAUGAGUAGGAAGGAAGGCAGCGAGAGGCGAUCCGUGGAGGAGGAGGACGACGACGUCGCGGUGGAAGCGAGCAGCGUCGUAGUCCAUCAGAAAGUGCCCUAAAGCUGCGAUUUUUGGAUGCCAGAGUUUGCUAUAGGUUAUCCAUUAAUGGGUGAAGUUGAAACGACUGAUCCUAUAUAUGCAGCAGAUAAGGCUUAAAAUUUUACUACAUAGAAAAUAAAGUGCUUGGAUUGAUGGAUUCAAAAUCUGUGUCCAAGCCCUUGCAACAGCAACAUAAUCAACCUGGUGUCCAAGUUCUUGAAAAAGCUUCCUUGCGACCUACGACUCUACAGUUAGCAAGCAGAUUUGUGUCUGAUACAUCAAGACUGUCACAGUUAUCUGUGUCACAGAGCACACCGGAGCAUAAACCUGAGGAAAUUGCUGAAGAAUUUUUGAAUCAACAAGAGGUGCCUGCUAACCUUUCAAGCCAGGAAGAAGAUAUUGUUGAGCUGCUUCAGUCAAAUGGGGCAGUGAAUUUGGAGCCCAAGGAGUGUGAUGAAAAGAACUUGGAGCAGGAUAGUGAGAAAGAUUGUUUAUCGUGUGCUAAAGUUAGUGAUGGCACAGGUGGUUUAGCAAAGACCAGCGGCAGUGCAAAAAUAAGUGACCAAACUGAUAGCGGCAAAAGUAGUCUGUGCAGAGCUAGUACAAGCAGUGAAGUUAGUGAUGAUAGCACUUGUAACAGCAUAAGCAGAAGUAUUAGCAAGCCUCACAAAGCAAAUGAUUUGAGAUGGGAAGCAAUUCAAUCUAUUAGAGCUAAAGAUGGGAUUGUUGGUUUGAACCAUUUCAGGCUACUGAAAAAGUUGGGUUGUGGAGACAUAGGUAGCGUAUAUUUGUCGAAGUUGAGCGGAACCAAGUGUUAUUUUGCAAUGAAGGUAAUGGAUAAAGUAUCUUUGGCAAGCCGGAAGAAGUUGCUCAGAGCCCAGACUGAAAGGGAGAUAUUGCAAUGCCUAGAUCACCCCUUCCUCCCGACAUUGUAUACUCAUUUCGAGACAGACAAGUUCUCCUGUUUGGUAAUGGAAUUUUGUCCUGGAGGAGAUCUGCACACUCUUAGACAGAAGCAACCCGGAAAGUAUUUUUCGGAGGAAGCAGCCAAAUUUUAUGUAUCUGAGGUCCUUCUGGCUCUAGAGUACAUGCACAUGUUGGGUAUUAUCUACCGUGAUCUGAAGCCAGAGAAUGUUCUUGUACGAGAAGAUGGGCACAUCAUGCUCUCCGACUUCGACCUUUCUCUUCGUUGUGCUGUUAAUCCCACCCUUGUCAAGUCGUGCAACCAGAUCUCUGAUUCCUCCAGGCGUAACAACCCUGUCUACUGUGCUCAACCUGCUUGUAUCAAACCAACCUGUGUCCAGCCUUCCUGUGUCGCUCUCUCCCCUAGACUAUUUUCAUCAAGGUCCAAGAAGGCACAGAAGCAGAAGCUUGAGGAUGGAAACCACGCGAAUACACUCCCUGAGCUCCUCGCAGAGCCUACAGACGCAAAGUCCAUGUCAUUUGUCGGUACCCAUGAGUACUUAGCUCCCGAGAUCAUUAAGGGGGAAGGGCAUGGUAGUGCUGUAGAUUGGUGGACAUUGGGCAUAUUCCUCUACGAACUUUUGUUUGGCAGGACGCCCUUCAAGGGGUCAGGCAACCGAGCUACGCUGUUUAACGUGGUCGGGCAACCACUGCGAUUCCCCGAGUACCCAGUUGUUAGCUUUGCUGCAAGAGACCUUAUUAGGGGAUUGCUCGUCAAGGAGCCACAACACCGUCUUGCUUACAAGCGUGGGGCUACAGAAAUAAAGCAGCAUCCAUUCUUCGAUGGCGUAAACUGGGCCUUGAUAAGGUGUGCAAGUCCACCGGAGAUACCGAAAACCUUCGAGAUUGGUCAGACACUCCUAGAUUCAGUAUCAUCAGCAAGCCAAAAGGACAUUUCCGCAUCUGAUAAGUACCUGGAGUUUGAUGUAUUCUAAUGGAAUUCAAAUGUAGAGAUCUCAAAUGGCCUUGUAGAAUCUCAAGUAUUCUCUUUGUAUUGCUACUAUUUGUUUCAAAUUCAAGUAUAAUGUGGUAUUGAAAUGUAACUUAUUGGUUUAGAAUGAUCAAGUGGAGCAAUUUAGCAA